AGAGUCUGAGAUAAGGGAAGGACAAAAGGAAGACGAAGAAGGUAAAGAAAAUGGCGAAUCUCAACUCAGCUAUCGAUUCUGUGUUUUGGGACCAGAAUGUUUCUUCACCCCAAACCCUUGAAGGCACGGCUCGCUCUGUUCCUGGUGAGCCAUUUCCCGUAGAUGGAGCACGAGCCAGCCGCUCUCACCGGAUUCAACAGCUCUCUCUGCUCCGCGAAGGCUUUCCUCUUGGAAUCAUUCCUUCUUUUGCUCCUGCUUCCGACAAGAGACUUGGCUCUUUCUCUCUCAAUUCUCUCUUGUUCACUCCUUCCUCUAACAACUGGUGGCUAGGAUUGGUUGGGCAGUUUAAACCAAAGAAGCUCUUUGCUGAUAUCAAAGCAGACAUUAGCAAUGCAGAAGAGUGGGAUCUUCAAGUUGUCAAAGAUACAGCAAAACACAUUGUUGACAAAUCCCUUUACUCUAUUGGUUUAUGGACUCAGAUUGCGUUGGGUUCUUCUUCUUCUCUCUUGUUCAGCACUGAACGCCUUGGCGAUAAAAACGAACUCCGAAACAAGCUGAUGUUGGUUCAUCCGCUUGAGAAACAUGAUCUCACUGUGGAAGCUGCUUGGCCAGAUCUGUUUUUGGACAGUAAAGGGCGUUUCUGGGAUGUUCCUGAAUCAUUAAACGUUGACGUCUCAUCCCUUGUUCCAGAAUCAGGGCUUCGGUACCGAUUUGGUCUCCAUAAAAGCAGGGGUAAUCCUCAGCCUGUGAAUGCUGGUGCCGAGAGUGAUAUUGAUGCUCCUACUUCUCUGAUGCCUGGUUUAUGCGCCAAGGCUGCAGUUUCGUACAAGGCUAACAGAGACUUGUGGAGGCCACAAGAGAAAGAAGACGACACAGAAGAAGAGGAUGCACCUGUGUUUCUGCCUUAUGAUAUACGUCUACAGGAGCCUCAUGCAGCAAUUUCAGGAAUAGUAGGUAGCAGCUUGGCAGCUUGGAUCACAGGCCGAGGCAUGUUGGUUAAUGGCAAGAAAAGGAGUCCGAUAAGCGCAGACAUAUUUGGUUCUGCUUGUUAUACAUUCCAAAAAGGACGGUUUAGUAAGUUGUAUGGUGACCUAACACGAGUAGAUGCUCGCAUAGACUUACCCUCAGCUUCUGCUCUUGCUAAAAAGGUCUUCCAUGCUUUUCGAAGAUCAUCAGGUAGUAACAACUCAGAUGACACAUUGUGGUCUCCCAGACUCAACCUGAUAUUCCAGCAGCAGGUUGCGGGUCCUAUAGUUUUCAAAGUAGACUCGCAGUUUCAGGUUGGUGCUGCACGCAUGGAAGAUCUGAUUUUUAGUUUGAAUUACUCCUUGAGGCUUCUUGAGUCUGGCAAAGUCGUGGCUUGGUAUUCUCCAAAGAGGAAAGAAGGCAUGAUCGAGCUUCGAGUUUUUGAGUUUUGAUUUAGUCUCCUUUUAUGUGUACCAACCAGUUAACAUUUGUAUCAGAAGAUGUUUAAAAUGGCAAGUCUUUUUUUGGUCAACUUUC